AUGUCAUUCCCCCUCGUUCCGACUCGCUGCCCACUUGGGAAGCUCUUUUUAUACUACAAUACAUGUACCCAGUACUUUGUUGAUACGAGUGUAGUCACGUCAACAUCAUCCGCCUUAUUAUCUUCGUCCGCCCACUUCCUCUCCUCUUUCUUCACAAUCCCCUUCUUCUUCAAUCUUCAAUCUAAAACAUUUUAA